AUGGAAGAAAAGAAUCAGACAACAGUGCCCGAGUUUCUCUUCCUUGGCCUCAUAGAUAACCUCUAUCAAAAAAUUUUCCUCUUUAUCAUAUUUUUCUUUGUUUAUCUUGUCACCCUGGGGGGUAAUGUGGGAAUGAUCACUUUAAUAUGGGUGGAUCCCAGGCUACACACCCCUAUGUACUUUUUUCUUAGUCAUCUGUCCUUUGUAGAUGCGUGUACCUCUUCUUCCAUAGCUCCCAAGAUGCUGUGUGACAUUUUUACCGAGAACAAAGUCAUCUCUUUCAUAGGCUGUGCAGCACAAUUGUGGUUCUUUGGUCUCUUUGUGGCAACUGAGUGCUUCCUCCUGGCUGUCAUGGCGUAUGAUCGCUAUACAGCCAUCUGUAAGCCCUUGCUGUAUACACAUAUGUCCCAGCAUGUCUGUGUGCUCUUGGUCAUCGGGCCUUAUGCCAUUGCUAUUAUAAGUACAACGACUCACACAACCUUAACCUUUUGCUUACCAUUCUGUGGGCCACGUAUUAUCAACCACUUCUUCUGUGACAUUUCCCCAUUGCUAUCUCUAGCAUGUGCGGAUACCCAGAUCAAUAAGUUGGUGCUUUUUGUCUUGGCUGGAGCAGUAGGUGUGAUUACUGGUCUGAUCAUCCUGGUCUCCUAUGUCUGCAUCUUGAUGGCCAUCUUGAAAAUUAGGACAGCCAAUGGGAGACGAAAAGCCUUCUCCACUUGUUCCUCUCACUUAGCAACUGUCUCUAUCUUGUAUGGGACUCUUUUCUUCAUCUAUGUCCAACCUAAUGCUAGUUCCCUCCGGAAUAUUAAUAAAAUGAUCUCCCUAUUUUAUACUGUUGUGAUCCCCAUGUUGAAUCCCCUCAUCUACAGCUUGAGGAACAAAGAGGUGAAAGAUGCAUUCAGGAGAACAUUGGAGAGGAAGCACAUAGGUGCUUAA